UCUUUAGCAGACUGGACGAAGAUCUGAUAAGCUGGACGCCAGACGGAAGACGCCCAAGCAGGAUCCUUAUCGGCGACUCUCCUGGUCGAGUACAAUCAGGAAGACUGGAGAUUGAGACACCCUGCGACGGGACACAAAGCGACAAUCGGAACUACUGGUGGCGAAGAGGCAAGACAGCAAAACCCGCAUCUUUCGCCCAGGGCAUGAAGGAGGCAUAAAACGAACACCAUGACAGACACAGCAAUCAUAGCCUCAGCGCCCUCGCGGCACGAAAAGCAACCCGCGCAUACGUCUCUCCCAACAAGAGCGUUGUCGAAAGACGAUAUCGAGUUAGCAGAGCAGCUUGUGGAUCACUCGCAAGGGCUGCGCGAAAACAGGGAUAGGACAGCGAACGGCAAGCAUGAGAAUGACCAUUCGCCGACCAAUGGGUCGAACCAUGCCCAGGAUUCAUACACCCGCCAGCAGCUACCGACACCCACGCCAACAGCAGCUGAGCGCAAACAGCAGGAGGGACCAUACUCUCCCCAGGCAAUCAUCAACCCGGAUAACAUUCCCAAUGGGCAGAUCUGCAGCAACUGCGGCACCACGAGCACGCCCCUUUGGAGGAGGUCACCUCAAGGCGCAACCAUAUGCAAUGCGUGUGGUCUAUACCAAAAGGCCCGCAAUGCAUCUAGGCCCACUAUGAUGAAGAAGGCGCAUGGUGCGAACACAUCUGCUGCCAGCCAAAACCGAGAACAGAAGAGGGCAUCACCAGGAUAUGCGCCGACCAAUUAUUCAACCGCGACUGCAACGUAUGUGACUGCCGAUCAGACUUCUGGCGGCUCAUGCCCAGGCGGUGGGAAGUGCAAUGGGACUGGUGGCGCAUCAGGCUGUGGAGGUUGUCCCGCCUUCAACAACCGCAUUUCGAAGACCGCGAAUGUCACCCUUGUCCGGUCUGGCCAGGGGUCCUCACAGCCGCCGAACGACCCUGCGGCCGACCCUACCGCAGAGACUGAUAUCAAUGCGCUCCAUGUGGGUACAACUGUCAUUGUUGCUUGCCAGAACUGUGGGACUACGAUUACCCCGCUCUGGCGUCGCGACGAAAGCGGGCAUACGAUAUGCAACGCAUGUGGCUUAUAUUACAAACUUCAUGGCGUCCACAGACCCGUCACGAUGAAGAAGUCAGUAAUCAAACGCCGCAAGCGUGUAGUCCCCGCCGCAGCCGGUGGCAUGAACUACGAAAUGGGAUCCCCACGCACAGCCGUGUCCCCCGAAUCCGACGACUACAACCUUCCCAACGACGAAGCCGCGCCAAAGGGAGCCCUUAACCCCGACGGUUCAGUGAGUCUCGGUUUUAGGAGACGCUCUGAGCCAUCCCGCAACCUCCCCGAACUCGCCAGCACCCUCCGUGGCCUGAACGGACAGCAGCAGCAGCCUACCACAGCCAGUGAUCUCACGUCGUAUGCGUCAAAUCCGCACGCCCACGCGCAACACGAUCCUUCGAGCCUGACAACUGAUAAUCGGCUACCGCCCAUAGCGGCGUAUCCGUUGCGGAACCAUCGCCCCUCGUCCCUAUCGCCGAAUUUUCUCUUGUCACCUAAUCGCAAGCGCUCCUUCUCAACGGCUGAAAGUGAGGCUGCGCUAGCUGGCGACCAGAGCCAAGGACGUCUUUCUAGCAUCAAGGCUAUCUUGAACCCGGCGCAGCAGGCGAGCGAAGAGGCGCUGGACCCGAGUCUGCGGCAAAGCCGGAACCCGAGAGAUAGGCCUGCAAGUGUGGCACAGACGGGCAACGAUACCGAAGCGGAUGCGGAUAGAGAGAGACGGAAGAGAGAAAGGAGGGAGAUGUUGCAGCUUGAGGCGGAGAGGAUGAGAGAAGAUUUGCGGGCCAAGGAGAGAGAGCUGGAGGAGCUGUAUUAACGAAGAUAUAUGGUUAUUUAUGACGUCUCUUUACUGGGAGGUGCGAUUUGAUAUUUGGAAGCUGGUUUGGGCGGUUAGUUGUGCUUAAUGCAGUGCUGGAAAAUCCGGGGGCGCCUAGAAGGAAGGCGGGGUUUUCAUUCUUAUUACUUUAUUGUUAUCAGAGGGAGGGGAUCUGCAUUAUCUUGGGGUGGGAGUAUCUUAUAUGAGAUCCAUGAUGGGAAGAUUGAAUAGGCAUGGAGACAUGGGCUUGGAAGGAAGGCAAUGACAAUGGAGGCGUUCGGGGAUACCACACUGAAAAGAUACGGGGAGCAAGUUAAGGGGAGCAAGUUAAUUGUUUUCCAUGCUGCGGAAGUGGACUUCAAUGGAUAAUGGUUACAUAGUGUAUUG